CAAUUUACAGAGCUGGGAGGAGGACGCAGCUCUUUGCGACCAGCACAAAUCGGAGCAGUCAGAGAUCUCCUGUGCUGCACUAGUGUGGGAAACGGGACAGUGGGAUGCAGACCCUCAAGCUUUGGCUUGGUGCUGCCCUCCUCUUCCUCAGCCAGGGAGGAGUCUGGGCCAACAGAGCUGAUGAUGGCCCCCUAGCCCUGAUGAAAAUGAUGGGAAGGAAGCCUUUCUCUCUCCCAGGCUUGAGCCAAACUGGCAGCCAUGCCGCCCGGAGAAAACGUGAAAAGCAGCCUUCUACAUAUCUAAAGUGGGUGGAUUUUGAAGGAAAACUGCCUGCCUAUGCUGUGUCCAACUGGAAUGAUUACACCAAAAGGUUGGAGUAUAUCUGCUCGACGCCGCAGAGCGAGUGCAACACUGGAGUGUAUGUCCCCAGCCGGGGUGAAUUCUGCUUUUUCCCAUACGGAGGACGUGAGCGGAAAGUCUCCACAUUUAAGGUGCUGGUAAAUGAAGGUAACUUUGAAGCACUGGAGUGGGUGGAUGCUUCCUUCGGUGCCGUUCCUGAAAAUGCCGUGGAGGGCUGCCCCAAGGUGGACGUCUUUGUUGGCAGGAACCAGUAUGGCUUGGGGAAAAUCCCGAAGAUACACAGAGCUUUCUUCGUUGUCAUUGACAGUGAGGAGGUGUGGUACAAGUGGUACCAGGUCCUGACUGUGAAGAAAGGCUCUGCAGACGUAACCAUCUCUGACGUCCGCUACAACAUGAGCAGAGCAGUAGAAAGUCAGGAAGACAUAACUCUAACGACAGCCACUGUGAGGAAUGAUGGCUGCCAAAGGGUGAAGAAAACUGUCACCCUUGAGGGGGCAGCUGAGACGGAGCAUGACUGGAAGGCUGACCAGGUGCUUUUAGCUGAUGUGCGGGGCAUAUUGCGUGCUGGUGUCCUGGCAUUCAAUGGGACGGGGUGGGAGGUUUCCACCUGCAUCAAUGUCACUUGGAUCGGGGGAGCCAGCACCAGC